GAAGAAUAAAGAGCAUGGGAAUCACACCGAUAUUUACAGCCCAUAGCCACCUGACUAUUGACUGACUUUCAGCUUCAGUCCUGCCACGCUGAUUCACACGCCCAUUCUGCUGCCCAUUCACUUACCAUACCACCUCCAUCUUCACCGAUUGAUGCCAUAAUCAAACCCCCUCUUUCCUCUCCUGUUUCUCUCUAUUGACAAUCGCAUUGCAUUGCCUGCAUUGCCUCCAUCGCUUCGUCCGCACUUGCCUCCGUCUGAUCUUUCUCCCAAUUCCAGCCAAUCGCGUGGUUAAAAGCAGCGUUGUUGGCAUUUAGUGUUCGCUUCGCCUCCCGAACUGGUAAUCGCGGCCCACACACCUUCGUGACAUCGACCUAGCCUUCCCAACUCAACUUCCAUCCUCUCCUGAACUCUCCCUCCUCGACAACUCCACACUGUCAACAGCUUGACCACGGAUCUCCUUCGUGCUUCAUACCAUCAUCCAAACCACCAUCCUCUCCUCGAUAUCAUCGACGUGAGAGCUUCACCGCCAUAUCCCACUCAACCUCUUUAAUUCGACCCAGGUCUUUAAUUCGACGCCAUGGAAGGUACGCAGACCUCUUUACCCAGCUCCGACAAAUUGUCGGCUGCUUCGAUCGGCGCAUGAACCGAUAUGAUCUUGAACAUCAGCUAACAUCUCUCUCCACCUGCAGAAGAAGUUGCAGCUCUUGUCAUUGACAAUGGGUAAGCUCCUCAACAUUCCUCAUGCCCCCAGCGGACGACCAGCAGUGGGGCGUUGUCCAGCGAAGAAUCUACAAACCCAUCAACAGAUCUCCUACAGACCUCAUCACAUAUGAAAGAAGAUGGUAGCUGACUGAUCAUGAAGUUCUGGAAUGUGCAAGGCCGGUUUCGCCGGAGAUGAUGCUCCAAGAGCCGUCUUUCGUAAGUUCUUCCCCUCAACACCAUGGAUUUUAACAAUCGCACACCUCUUCGGUGCAAUCUUGCGAUAGCUUCACUCAAUAGCUUGCUGACAACUAUACAGCUUCUAUUGUUGGACGUCCUCGUCACCAUGGGUAAGAAAUACCCCCCACCAACUUCCCCGCAAUGGUAGCACACGAAGAAUAGAAGCUGAUAAGGAGUGCAGUAUCAUGAUUGGUAUGGGUCAAAAGGACUCCUACGUCGGUGAUGAGGCACAGUCCAAGCGUGGUAUUCUCACUUUGAGAUAUCCAAUUGAGCACGGUGUGGUUACCAACUGGGACGACAUGGAGAAGAUUUGGCAUCACACUUUCUACAACGAGCUUCGUGUUGCCCCAGAAGAGCACCCAGUUCUCCUGACUGAGGCUCCUAUCAACCCUAAAUCCAACCGAGAGAAGAUGACCCAGAUUGUUUUCGAGACCUUCAACGCCCCCGCUUUCUACGUCUCCAUUCAAGCCGUCCUCUCCUUGUAUGCUUCCGGUCGUACCACUGGUAUCGUUCUCGAUUCUGGAGAUGGAGUUACCCACGUUGUCCCAAUUUACGAAGGUUUCUCUCUUCCUCACGCCAUUGCUCGUGUUGACAUGGCUGGACGUGAUUUGACCGAUUACCUCAUGAAGAUCUUGGCUGAGCGUGGUUACACUUUCUCCACCACCGCCGAGCGAGAAAUCGUUCGUGACAUCAAGGAGAAGCUCUGCUACGUCGCCCUUGACUUCGAGCAGGAGAUUCAGACCGCCAGUCAAUCUUCCAGCUUGGAGAAAUCCUAUGAGCUUCCUGAUGGACAGGUCAUCACCAUUGGUAACGAGCGUUUCCGUGCUCCAGAGGCACUCUUCCAGCCAUCUGUCUUGGGUCUUGAAUCUGGUGGUAUCCACGUCACCACCUUCAACUCCAUCAUGAAGUGCGAUGUCGAUGUCCGUAAGGAUCUCUAUGGUAACAUUGUCAUGGUAAGUUCCGCAAUUCGCCAGAACAUCUGCAGCCUACUAAUUAUAUCCAGUCUGGAGGAACCACCAUGUACCCAGGUAUCUCCGACCGUAUGCAAAAGGAAAUCACCGCUCUUGCACCAUCCUCCAUGAAGGUCAAGAUCAUUGCACCACCAGAGAGAAAGUACUCCGUCUGGAUCGGUGGUUCUAUUCUCGCUUCUUUGUCUACCUUCCAGCAAAUGUGGAUCUCAAAGCAAGAGUACGACGAGAGCGGACCUUCCAUCGUUCACCGAAAGUGCUUUUAAGGUAUGUCGUCUACUAUCUUCGCAUCUGCCCGAAUAACGGCUGACUUAUUUCUUAGCGUAUCGCGGAAAAUUUGUGCCUCUUCACGACCUUCACAAAUACCAUCAGAACGAAGACUCGAGCAAGCCGUAUAUUCCUCUUGGUAUCGAAUUCUGCGACGUUCUAAUACUCAGAAAAGUGAUUCUGCUGGUAGUGAUGGAGCGAUUCGAUGGGAAGCGGGGAAAAUCUGGCUUGUCUCCUUGGCUGGCUGUUUUAUUUGCUUUGGAGGAGUGGACAAAAAUUCUCGUCAGCCAAUCAAUCGACCCUUUUUUAAAUCAUUGAAGCAUUUCCUUGUUUUUGGGGUUUUCCCUUGUCCUCCGAAGCAUGCGGUGUUUUUACUUAGAGAGCAAUUAAAAUGAAGUUCACUAAUAC